UAUGUAUAACACAGAUUUAAAUCUCGACAUGGAGAUGUAUGAGGCGGAUCCAGUGUUUAAAAAGGCUUGUGAAGAAUACAAUGAACACGGCGUCUCGUCGACUCUCAUUAAGGACGUGCUAAAGAGCAAGAUUCAGUUAAGGCGUGUCUCCGCAGGGCAGGAGGAACUUAGAGUUGAAAAUAGACCAUCCUUAAAACAUCCACUGACAGAGGAAGAACAGAAGAAAAAUGAAGCGAGAAAGAAGUGUAACAGAGUUUCAGCCAAAAGAUGUAGGGAAAAGAAAAAACAGGAAAAUCAACAUAUUUUUGACAUGCUCAAAGAACAGGAACAAAGAAAUGAAGAUCUGAAACAAAAAGUAUCAGAAAUGGAAUCUGAAAAAUCCAAAAUGUUAAAGACCCUUAGUGAAACAUACUCACAAUUAAAUGGAAAUACAAUCACACCAGAGAAUGUAAUGGACAUCGUGAAUCUGGGAAUUCAAAGUGGAAUGGAAGUCUCGGAGACUUCGAGUGAAAGUACCACCACAAACACGCAAAACAUUCAGGGACAUUUGGACCAAUCAAACCAAGCGAUUCCAGCACCUAUGCCAAAUUCUUUAAAUAAUUCUGAAGAAAUGAAUUUUCACACGACCUUCGACUUAACAACACAAACCGAAAAUGACCAUGGUGUUCAACAGUCAGCCAACUUCAUGCCGUUGGCAUCUCAGCAACAACAAUUUGAAACUGAACACUUUUUGGCGUGCAUUGCAGAAGAACACUCUAUGCACUGUUCUGGUGAAUGGAAUGAAUUAUACAAUGAGUUUAGUUUUUAGGUUUUGAGACCAAUUAAAUAAAUUAAUUCUUUGGGAUGUUAUUUUUAUAUGUGGUUGACAAAUGAACAACUUUAAGAAAAUGACAUCAGAACAUGGUGCAUGGAUAUUACACUUAACCACGUUUGUGUUGGCGUUUUUAAAAUUGUUAAUAAGUAAAAGACAGAAUUUAGUUAUUUCAGCAAAAAUGCUUCAGUUGAUUCUGUGUCUAGA